AUGGAACGUCUGGAAAAGGUCAACAAUUCCCUGACGGAGAUGGCAGAGAAAAAGCACCCGUUUCUGGCGAGACUACUUGACCACACGUUUUCCACACCGGGCAAGAACAUAAGACCCGCGAUUACCCUGCUGGCAUCGAAUUUCUACCCGCACGACGAGCGCAAUACUGAAAAGAUGGCUACGGGUGUCGAGCUGCUGCAUAUCGCCUCGCUCAUUCACGACGACACUGUCGAUGGGGCAAUGCUGCGCAGGGGCAAGAUGACUAUCAGCAGCCUUUGGGGUCCGAAGACAGCAGUUUUGGCGGGCGAUUAUAUCUUCGCCGCAUCCGCGACGUUGGUAUGCGACACCGGCAACAUUCGAGUAAUCAGGCGCUUUGCUGAAACAAUAAUGGAACUUUCCAGCGGCGAGCUUCAAGAGAUGGCGGAGACCUACAACCCCGAGCAAUCUAUGCAGGGCUACCUCGGCCGCAUCUACAACAAAACUGCCUCCCUGUUUACGACUGCCGCGGAGUCAGGCGCUAUCUUGAGCGGCGCGCCGGAAGCGUGCUCUCAGUCCAUGCGCAGCUACGGACACAAUCUAGGCAUGGCGUUUCAGAUCGUGGACGAUAUUCUUGACUUCGACGGCACAGAAGAGGAAAUUGGCAAGCCAAUAGGAAGCGAUCUCGCCAACGGAGUCGUUACGUUACCCACGCUGAUUGCGAUGCAGCGAAGGUCUUGCUGCGACGCCGUGAAGCGCGUGCUAGCCAAUCCGGACGACGAGGACCUGAUGAAAGAAGUCGUCAGUCUCAUUCAAGACGAUUCCGUGCUGGAAGAGUCCUAUGAGUUCGCUAGCCGCUAUUGCGAAAAGGCUCUGUCAGACCUAAGCGGGCUACCACCCUGCCCUUCCCGCGAUUCGCUGGAAGAGUUGGUAAGUCACGUGAAGGUGCGGCGCAACUAA